UUACUAAUUAACGAACUGUAACCAAUCUGAAAUCCCCAGUUUCCUUCACCGCUUCAAUUUCCCCCCCCAAAUUCUCUUCCACUUUCUCGAUCGAUAAUGGCUCCUUUGUCCCCCAUGUUCACCUUCAAUCCUCCGAUUUCCAAUUCCUUCUGAAAUCGGUUUUGGAGUUGGAUUCUUCUUCGUAGCAGAAGAGAGGAAUUAAUCAUGGGAUUCAAAUCUCUUUUCUGCCGAAAGAAGAAGCCAUUCGCCUCCGUCGAUUCUCCGCUCGUCUCCGCGUCCUCGACGCUCGGGUCUGGAUCUUCAUUGGAAGAUUCACGGGCUCAGAUAGCGGAACUGGAGGAGGUAUUCAAGAAAUUCGAUGUGAAUGGUGAUGGAAAGAUCUCUUCUUCGGAAUUAGGCACGAUUUUGGGGAGCCUAGGGCACAACGCUAAGGAGGAAGAGCUCGCGAAGAUGAUCGAGGAAUUUGACGCUGAUGGAGACGGAUUCAUCAAUUUGCAGGAGUUCGUGGAGUUAAAUACUAAAGAGAUCGAUCCUGAGGAGCUGUUGGAGAGUCUAAGAGAGGCAUUUUCGGUUUACGAUAUCGAUGGAAACGGAUCGAUCACCGCCGAGGAAUUGCACGAGGUUCUGAAGAGUUUGGGGGACGAUUGCUCGGUAGAGGAUUGUCGACAAAUGAUCAAUGGCGUCGAUAGAAACGGCGACGGAAUGAUUAGCUUUGAGGAGUUCAAGGUGAUGAUGAUGUCGACGGGACUCUCCGUCGCUAGCGGCUAAUAUUCAUCGUCCGCCGGUGGUUUUCACGAGGAAUGUGCCUAUAAAUAGCCAGAAUUUGGAUCUUCUUCCCCGUUCUGUUCUCUGACAAAGUAUUGCAAGUUCUUCCACUUUUUUUUUUUUUUUUUUUGGGACUUUAUCAUCAAAUUUUUAAAAGAAAAAUGAGAUGCUGCAUGGAUUUACUAGCCAUAUACUAUAUACUUUUUAAUGUAAACUUUUUAUCAACAAUUUCAUGUUUACUAGAAUCUUGCCAUU